CGGCAUUUUUCAAACUCCGCCUACCUCCGCGCCCAACUUCUGGAGAAUGGAAUUUCAUGUUGAACUCGUAUUUUGCCUUGCCUUAGUCCUUCGUGGGCGCUGUCUGUAUACCUUGCAUUUCUUUCAUUGUCCACCAUGGAGGCGAUAGAAAUUGCUAUCGAUCCCCAUCGAAAGACAGACAUUCGGCAACUACUGAAUCCCCCGCAUGAAGGCGCCUCUGCUUACCCCGCACCUGAUCUGCAACACCAUUACCCAGCGGUCGCGUCGCGUCAACCUCACCCUCAUGCUCAACCAGUUUACUUUGGGCAUGUACCUGCGCCAUAUAAUGCUCCGAGAACGGAUUGGAGCUCUCCAUCUUCUGCCGACAGCAGAAAGGCAAGCGAAUCGAUUGCUCCAUCACAGCAAUAUCCUCAACCAGUGAUGAAUGGCGAUGGCCGCUUUGGCAUUCAUACACCACGUACUAUACGAUCGGCGAGAAUGAAUGAAGAAGGCGCAUAUACCCACAACCCGUGGAGCAAUAACAGCCAGAGUGGUGGCAGCGAGCAGUAUGCUAUGUAUUCUGCCGAGCGGACACCGCUGGCAAGCGAUUUUCCCGCACAAAAUACCGUUGCAUAUCAGCAGCCAGAAUACCGUGAACCGGAGCCACCCGCAGAUAAUUGUGCAAGACCCUCUCUUCGUCAGGCGACCAAACGGUCCAUGCCCGAACAACAGCAUCAUUCGGAUUUCUACUAUCAACAAGGAUAUGACAUGUCCCAUCAAACCUCUUAUCAGGUCGAUGCCCAGUAUGAGCCCUCUACGUCCAACGGGAAGCGGACGUCUCCCCAUUCGGACGACUCUGUCAGGCCCAAAAAACAGAAGAAACAACGCACUUCAGAACCCGGUCCUCACCCAUCGAAGCGCGGGUACAAUGCUAAAAAACGCAGUGAAGCGGCUCAAAUGACCGCUCAGAACAUGCAACUCGCUUCCUCUCUUUCGUAUCAGACGAACGGAAAAGGAAAGGAGAGGGCUAUUGAUGCCGCCGGACAUAUGUAUCUUGUCGAAGAUCCGACAAACCAGGCCAGUGGCCAACUUAUUCCGGAAUUGCAGUUAGCCCGGUGCAUGUCAACUCGAUACAGGAAUGAGGAGUUCUCUCGCUGCGUUUCAUGUACCCGGCGCUGGGCUGGAGAUACUUGUCGAUUCCAGGGUGUUCGCUACUUUCUCAAGGAUGAGAAGAGUAAUCUCAUGGGUGUGAGCUUCGUCACAAUACCUCCCGGCACGAUGCCUACCAUUAAGUAUCCUACCGAGUGGAAUAUUCCGCUCUCUGGCGAGUAUAUAAAAAUCACAAAGCGGACUACUGCUCGAGCAUUGUUACCCAUUCUUAAACAAGAAAAAGAUCACAUAAUAAGGAAGGAAACCGUUUAUCGAACUCGGGAAAGCGAGGUUAGGGCAACAUGCGAUACAUGCAUGACAUCUCUUUUCUGCAAUACAUGGAUGUGCCGGGUAUGCGGACGCGAGGCCUGCGCCGAUUGCUUUACUCAAAUUCAGGAUCUCACCAUGAACCUUCCUGAAGCUACUCACGCGGAAAUCAUUGAACAACAGCAGCGACGGGAACAACACUCGAACCGAAAUCCAUUCUUUCUUGCUUGCAAUAAACGCCACGAGCAUCAGGCGAAGGAUUUCCUCCGAGUGACGCGUUUCUGCAAGGAGGAAUUGGAGGACGCCAUUGCUGCGAUGGAAAUUGUCAAUAUGGAGGCAGACAGGGAGUCAGAUGGCUGUGAUGCACCUAAGAUGAUUGCACCUGCCUCGGGUUCCAACACAGACAGCAACGGGGUCCGAACACCACCUGAAGUUAAAUCACUAACCCAGCAGACGGUCAAAUAUUCUACUAACUACUCGCACCAUCAAGACCAAGAUCUCUCCCAUGCCCUCAUACCCAAACCGCUCAUCCCUGCUGCCCCUGGGCCGCAACUGUAUCCGAAUGACCACAACCCGACAAACAUGCCAGACGUGGUUCCCUUCCAUCCGAUUCACCGCCUAAAGCCUCAGGAGGUCACGGCUAACAUCUUUCACGUACAUUUAAUGAACGGUCAGCCGGUGUUGAUUAAUGGCAUGCUAGACAAACUGAAGAUAUCCUGGUCUCCGGAGUAUUUCAUCCAGCAUCACGGAGAUGAAGGGUGUCUGAUUGUGGAAUGUCAGACUGAUGUGCUUAAACGGGUCACUGUUGGGCAAUAUUUCUCAGAAUUUGGUCGGUAUGAAGGUCGAAAGGACUGUUGGAAACUGAAGGAUUGGCCUCCGUCUUCAGACUUUCAGUCUGUAUUCCCGGAGCUCUACGAGGAUUUCUGUCAGGCAGUCCCUAUGCCCAAUUACAUACGACGAGAUGGGGUGAUGAACAUCUCGUCACAUUUUCCUUCGAAUACGGUUUCUCCCGACUUGGGACCGAAGAUGUACAACGCGAUGGCGUCAAAUCAGCAAGAAGGGAGUAAGGGUUCCACACGUUUGCACAUGGAUAUGGCGGAUGCGUUGAAUAUCAUGACCUAUUCAUGUGCCGCUCCUGAUGGCAGUCCUGGUUGUGCUGCCUGGGAUCUCUUCCGGCGUGAGGAUAAUGAUGCGAUAAGGCAGUUCCUGAAGCAGAAGUUUGGAUUCAACGGCCAGGAUCCCAUCCAUAGCCAGCAGUUCUAUCUCACGGAGGAUUUGCGCCGGGAGCUCUGGGAGAAAUAUCACGUACAGAGCUACAGAGUAUAUCAGCGUCCAGGAGAGGCCAUCGUCAUCCCAGCUGGGUGUGCCCAUCAGGUGUGUAACUUGGCUGAUUGUAUCAAGGUGGCAAUCGACUAUGUGAGCCCGGAGAACAUCAGUCAAUGUGAGCAGUUGACGCGCCAGUUUCGUGAACAGAACCACAAUAAACAGUGGAAAGAGGAUGUGCUUCAGCUGGGAUCAAUGCUAUGGUUUGCAUGGCAGUCUUGCUGUCGGCAGGAGAGGGCACUUCGAGAGGCCACACCGUGAGAUGUCAUGUACACUAUUCUAUUUUGCUUUCCUGGUUCUGCUUGUUCGAUUCGCUGUAGCAUACUAUUACUUUAUCGCUGGGGAAUAUUUGUAUUACGGAAAAAAUGUGACAACCUAUAGUUGGACGGAUAUUAUUUAUUUAUACCCUUGCUUUUAAC